UUCACACUAAAUUGAUUCCAUUCCAAAUUGAUUCCUGUCAUUUUUUUAUUAGAUGACCCUGCAUUUUGGACUGUUGACUUGUAAAUUAAUCAAUUUCUUUGAAACUGUGCCAUUAAUUUGUGUGCCAACCAUUUGAACCUGCUAGUGAAGCAAAAAAACAAAACAAACAGUCUUCAGUAAUGUGACACUAAAGGCACGUGAGUGGCGUGUGUGCAUGCCAGGACAGACCUGUGAAACAUUAAUGAGCAGGACAGUCAGAAGCACAGUGCACAAUGAGCCACCACAACAGCUGUACACAGAGCUAUGGGGACCAUGGAGGAAACUUUGAAGUGUCCUGUGUGCCAGGAUUUCUUCAUUGAUCCUGUGACGCUGCAGUGCGGACAUGACUUCUGCCUCACCUGUAUACAGGCUGUCUGGGAAACCGAUCUGUCUGAUGAGGGGCCUUUCUUCUGCCCAGAGUGUCAGAUAUUUCUCCCCUCUGACCUCACUCUGAAGGUAAAUGCAGACCUUCAGACCAAAGUAAAGGACUUCACCACUAAGACGCUGUCAGCAGCAGAGCAGCAAGCAGCAGCUUCAACUAGUGAAACUAAAUCAUCAUCAGCUAUCUGCUGUGACCAGUGCAUAGAGAUGCCAUCAGUAGCCAUAAGAACCUGCCUGACUUGCGAUGCUUCGCUGUGCCAGGCUCACGCCCUGCUCCACCAACAGAGGUCUGCUCUAAGGGAGCACACAGUGGUGGAGGUGACCAGUGAUCCACUGUCUCUGAAGUGCAGGGAGCACCGCGAUGAGCUUAAGCUCUUCUGUAUGGAGGAAAAGGUACCUGUGUGCUGUUUGUGUGUCCUGGUUGGCACGCACAAACAUCACAAAGCCUCUCAACUGCACGAAGCCAAAGCAGACUUUAAGAGUAUGCUUGAGACCACAAUGAACCAACUACUAAAGAGGAGAAGUGAAGCCGAACAUGCCAUCAAAGACCUGGAGUCACUGUAUACACAAACAGUGACCUCUGCUGCAGAGUUUAGAGAGAGAAUCUCCGACAAGUACAGCAGAAUCCACGUCGUGCUGAAUGGCGAUGAGCGUCUGAUGAUGCAGAUUAUAGACGCAGAGGAGACAUGCAUGACAGAGUGGCUGGAGGCCCAGAGGAGCAUCGUAGAGGCUCAGAUCAAAGAGAUAGAUGCAUUCAGAGCCUCCAGCAAAUCCCUUCUCCAGGAAACCAAUGAUCUCCGGUUCCUGCAGCAAAUCACAUCACAGAAUCUUUGUGAUCCCUUGGAUUUUGCUCCAAUCCGAGAAGUAAACAGAGACCUCUGUGACCCUGAGAAGCUGAGAACAGUAGAGAGGCUGGUGGAUGAACUCUCGGUGGCUCUGUCACAACAUUUUCCACGAAUGUGGUCAUACUUAAGUUCUCCUGUUCUAGACUUCAAAACAGCUCAUCCAAAGCUGGAGUUAUCCCAAGACAGAAAACAAGUUUACUGGAGGCGCCAACCUUUCGGUGAAGGACAGAGCCCUCAGCCAUAUGACUCACAGUAUAGCGUCCUUGCUCAGGAGAGUUUUACAGGUGGCCAGCACUACUGGGAAGUCAUUGUCCAAGACAAGCCCUUCUGGAUGAUAGGUGUGACCACGGGGUCAGUCGAUAAAAAAGCCAGUUUAAGCCAGAGUUCUUCCAGUCUGGGUGUAAAUAACACAUCUUGGUGCAUCUACUAUGGAGACGGACAGUACCUGGCGUGCCACGAUACUCAGGAAAAGCAGCUGUCAGUUGGAAAGAGAGUCAGAAAGCUAGGCAUACUUGCAAACCUCCAGAAGGGGGAGCUGUCAUUCUAUGAUGCCGACGCUAUGAGGCUGCUUCACUCCUUCUGUGUGCAGUGGACAGAACCGCUCUAUCCCAUUUUUAACCCAUGCAUUGAUAUGAACGGAGUCAACACACAGCCUCUUACCUUGUUUUGGAUAAAGGACCCCUGGGAUUGGCAUACACGUGAGGAGAAAAGUGAACUCACAGGAACCAUUUAACUGCCUCUGUGGGAUGCAGAGUCACUGAUCAAAUAAUUAUUUUAAGUGUAAUUUUCCAUUUGUGCUCACAUGAAAUUACAUUGUGCAAAUGUCCAACGUAUCUAGGUUGUCAAAAAUAUUGACUACCACCAAGUUUCCGUGAUUGGCUUUGACUCUGGUAAAGCUACAACGGCAUUCAACGAAUAUACCUACCUCUAACUUCUUGCUAAAAUUAGGUUAUAUGAUAAUAUAUGAGAAGACACAUCUGCAGACAUAUCCGCACCGUGACUUUAUAAUAUCAAGACUAAAGUUACGUAAUCAUUGCAGCACUGCCGUUUCUGCAGUUGACAUGUAAGCUAAAUAUUUCAUUAAGUGGUAUCAGGUUCAAACAGUGCAUUUGUUCUGUGGCAAAGUCGAUCUCUUUCUGCAGCUUAGCAGCUCUCAUGUGUGCCUUGAUGCAGUUCAUAAAGUAAAUGACCCGUGUGUAAACUGCUGGUUUGUUCUUUGUGCAACCGUCCUCUCAGCUCAUCAGACCAUGGAGGACAUGCAUGCCUUUAGUCUCACAUGUCAAUGGCCUACAGAGUUGUUGCCCUGCAGCAAACAAUACACUGAGGUCAAAUAACACGAACAGUAAUGCUAUAUGUCUAGAAAAGAUCAAGACACUUUACAGUCUGAUUUACACAAUUCUUUGUGCAUCACGCUUUUGCUCAUUGUAAAUAAAUAAAUACCUUUCUGCAGAAGAAGAAGAAGUCUGAAAGUUCACAUUCAACACAAUU